UCCACCGGUCCACCAUCGUCUCCACUUGCCUUCGAGGCUCCACUUGUGUAUUUACUUUUUUCUCCUCUCAACUUCAUAGACUCCCGCAAUGCCCUACGCUUCAGGUGACGCCGGUAAAGGUGCUGCUAUCUUCAAGAGGAGUUGUGCUUUGUGCCAUACCGCCGGUGCGGGCGAGCCCAACAAGGUCGGCCCCAACUUGCAUGGUCUUUUCGGUCGCAAGACUGGUUCGGUUGAUGGUUUCUCGUAUACGGCAGCCAACGUGAAGAAGGGCGUUACAUGGGGAGAGGACACACUUUUUGAUUACCUUGAGAACCCCAAAAAGUACAUCCCAGGAACCAGUAUGAACUUUGUUGGUCUCAAGAAGGAGAAGGACAGGAAUGACCUCAUUACUUUCUUGAAGCAAGCGACGGCCUAAUUUUAUAUCCACCACGGACACUCCCUCACUCAUACACAGACUACAGCUAUAGUACGGUUUUGCACAUCAGGUCUUAGUGCGUUAGACGACCGCCCUUGCAUUCUUGCAUCCCCGCUCAUACCAUGAUAUACUUUUUACAACUCUUGUUUGUUGGUAGUCGACAUUAUGUCAUGAUGCCCUUCAUGCACCACAGGCAUAUGGAGUGAUUAGCCUGUUGAGUCUUGACGAUAACAUGCAAAGAGAUUAAUGUAUAACAACUA